AUGUGCAAAGCAACACCAAACAUGGUCAAGGACGAGAGUUGGAAAGAGACGGUCUAUGAAGCACUACUCGAAGCUGUGGAGUACGGAAACAAGGAAUUCUUCAUGGAGAUAAUCAAACGUAACCCUCAACUUCUUUGGAUCUCUGAAGCUACCUCUGGUCGAAACCUCUUUCAGCUGGCCGUUGGAUACAGGAGAGAGAAGAUCUUUAGCCUCAUCUAUGGUUUAGAUGAAAAAAAGAUCACGCUGCUUAGAUGUUACGACCAAGAAAACAACAACAUACUUCAUAUCGCCGCUCAUCUCUCUCCUCCUGACCAGCUCUCUAAGGUUGCCGGAGCUGCUCUCAAGAUGCAAAGAGAGACCCAAUGGUUUGUGGAAGUAAAGAGCUUGGUAUCAGAACGUGAAGUGCUGCAGAAAAACAAUGAGAACAUGACACCAAGACAAGUAUUCGAAGUUUCUCACGAACUACUUCGAAAAGAAGGAGAAGAAUGGAUGAAAUCAACUGCCACUGCAUGCAGCUUUGUGGCCGCUCUCAUUGCAACGGUCACAUUUCAAGCUAUAUUCACUGUUCCUGGUGGUAAUGAUGAAAAUUUAGGUGUGCCUCUGCUUCUUAGAGACGCACAUUUCAUGGCGUUCAUCAUCGUAGACGCUCUCUCUUUCUUUGCAUCUUGCACCUCCGUGCUCAUAUUCCUUAGCAUACUCACCGCAAGAUACUCUUUUGAUGACUUCUUUGUGUCACUUCCAAGGAAGAUGAUAUUGGGCUUAACCAUUUUAUUCAUCGCUAUCGCGGCAAUGCUUGUGUCAUUCACUACUGCGCUUUUCACUUCGAUGCGUCAAAAGCCAAUUCUUUCAGUUUCGGUGGUGCCACUCGCUUAUCUCCCUGCCGUUCUCUUCUUGAUGUUGCAAUAUCCUCUUCUCAAGGAGAUGAUUUCUUUCACUUAUGGGAAAGGACUCUUCGAACGUGACCCAAAACGUUGGCUCUAA